AUGGCAAAGAAAAGCACAGUAUUUCCCAAUCUGACCCAAACCCGCUGUGUAAUCUGCUGGGAGGGGAGGGAGUUAGCCUUUCUGGUGCACCAGCGAGAUCUCAACCUGAGUUUCAGCAAUGGUGUCCGUGUCCCGCUGCACCCUCACCUCCCAAAUUACCGACAAAAUCAGCCACUAGAAACAGAAUAUUCUGAAGCUCUUCCUGGUCUCCCUGUUUCAUAUGCUGCUUUGCUAAGAAUUAAGAAGAGUUCAUCUUCAGCACUCUUUGGUUCAAAGAACAGACCACGAUAUAGCAGUCCCUCAUUAGGAACAAUGAGUGUUUCUUCACCGAGUUGGCGAGGGACAGCUCAGCAUUAUCAUUCUCCCUUCAAUCUUUAUCAUUCUUCAGAAGCCUUCAAACAAGAUGAAAGCGUGGACUAUGGGCCAGUGUUUGUACAAGAACCAGAUGAUAUCAUUUUCCCAACUGAUUCUGAUGAAAAAAAAGUAGCUCUUAAUUGUGAAGUUCGUGGUAAUCCAGUUCCUAGUUACAGAUGGCUUCGAAAUGGAACAGAAAUAGACAUAGAAAGUGAUUAUCGCUACAGUUUGAUAGACGGCGCCUUCAUUAUAAGCAAUCCCAGUGAAGCAAAGGAUUCUGGUCAUUAUCAAUGUUUAGCAGCCAACACUUUUGGAAGUAUUCUGAGUAGAGAAGCCAUACUUCAGUUUGCCUAUCUGGGAAAUUUUAGUGGCCGGACAAGAAGUGCAGUCUCUGUGAGGGAAGGCCAGGGGGUUGUUCUGAUGUGCUCUCCUCCGCCUCAUUCACCAGAGAUCAUCUAUAGCUGGGUCUUUAACGAGUUCCCUUCCUUUGUGGCGGAAGACAGCCGGCGCUUCAUUUCCCAGGAGACAGGCAACCUCUACAUUUCUAAAGUCCAAACAUCCGAUGUUGGCAGCUAUAUAUGCCUGGUGAAAAACACAGUGACCAAUGCUCGAGUACUUAGUCCUCCAACUCCACUCACACUACGUAAUGACGGUGUGAUGGGAGAAUAUGAGCCAAAAAUUGAGGUCCAUUUCCCUUUCACAGUUACAGCUGCUAAGGGAACAACUGUUAAGAUGGAGUGCUUUGCACUUGGCAACCCCGUUCCAACAAUCACAUGGAUGAAGGUUAAUGGUUAUAUUCCUAGUAAAGCACGUCUGCGGAAAUCUCAGGCAGUGCUGGAGAUACCCAACGUGCAGCUGGAUGAUGCAGGCAUAUAUGAGUGCAAAGCUGAAAAUUCACGUGGAAAAAAUUCCUUUCGUGGACAAUUACAAGUAUACACCUAUCCACACUGGGUAGAAAAACUGAAUGAUACUCGUUUAGACAGUGGAAGUCCUCUCCGAUGGGAAUGUAAGGCCACUGGAAAACCCAGGCCCAUAUAUCGUUGGCUGAAGAAUGGAGUUCCCCUCUUGCCUCAGAGUAGGGUUGAGAUGGUUAAUGGAGUAUUGAUGAUCCACAAUGUGAAUCAAUCAGAUGCUGGAAUGUAUCAGUGUUUGGCUGAAAAUAAAUAUGGAGCCAUUUAUGCCAGUGCUGAACUAAGGAUUUUAGCUUCAGCUCCCACUUUUGCACUGAAUCAAUUGAAGAAAACAAUAAUUGUUACCAAAGACCAAGAAGUCAUCAUAGAGUGCAAACCCCAAGGUUCUCCAAAGCCUACCAUCUCUUGGAAGAAAGGAGACAAAGCAGUUAGAGAGAACAAAAGAAUAGCUAUUCUUCCAGACGGGAGUCUACGAAUCCUAAAUGCUUCUAAAUCUGAUGAGGGAAAGUACAUUUGCCAAGGGAAAAAUGUCUUUGGUUCUGCUGAAAUUAUAGCAUCUGUAUUUAUAAAAGAACCUACAAGGAUAGAACUUACUCCUAAAAGAAUGGAGUUAACAGUGGGAGAAAGCAUUGUCCUCAACUGCAAAGCGAUUCAUGAUGCUAGUUUGGAUGUUAAUUUCUACUGGACACUAAAAGGACAGCCUAUCAAUUUUGAGAAAGAGGGUGGACAUUUUGAAAGCAUCAGGGUCCAAGCAUCCUCUGCAGAUUUAAUGAUCAGGAACAUCCUUCUGAUGCAUGCUGGGAGAUAUGGCUGCAGGGUACAGACCACAGCAGACAGUGUGUCAGAUGAGGCAGAACUUCUUGUUAGGGGUCCCCCAGGCCCACCCGGGAUAGUGAUUGUUGAGGAAAUCACCGAAAACACAGCCACACUGUCCUGGAGUCCAGCAGUUGACAACCAUAGCCCAGUCUCCUCCUACAACCUCCAGGCUCGCAGUCCCUUCUCCCUAGGCUGGCAAACAGUAAAAACAGUUCCAGAAAUCAUAACAGGGGACAUGGAAUCAGCUAUGGCAGUGGACCUGAAUCCCUGGGUGGAAUAUGAAUUUAGAGUGGUGGCCACCAAUCCGAUUGGAACCGGAGAUCCAAGCACGCCAUCUCGAAUGAUCCGCACGAAUGAAGCAGGCUACAGUUCAGGUUCAGGAAUGCACUCAAGAUACUGUUCUUCAAUCAGGGCAGUGUCUCCUCUGCUAAACCCUCAGCCAGUAUCUGAAGAGUUUCAGAAUGGGGAAGGCUUUGGUUAUAUUGUGGCUUUUAGACCCAAUGGAACACGUGGCUGGAAGGAAAAAAUGGUGACAUCUUCUGAAGCUUCAAAAUUCAUUUAUCGAGAUGAAAGUGUCCCUCCUCUUACUCCCUUUGAAGUGAAGGUUGGCGUUUAUAACAAUAAAGGAGAUGGACCUUUUAGUCAAAUUGUGGUCAUCUGUUCAGCCGAAGGAGAACCCAGUGCUGCUCCCACAGAUGUCAAGGCUACAAGUGUGUCUGUGUCAGAGAUUCUUGUUGCAUGGAAACAUAUUAAAGAGAGCUUAGGAAGACCACAGGGAUUUGAGGUUGGUUACUGGAAAGAUAUGGAACAAGAAGAAGCAGCAGAAACAGUCAAAACCAGGGGGAAUGAAUCAUCCAUCAUCCUGACAGGAUUAGAAGGAAAUACGUUAUAUCACUUCACAGUGAGGGCUUAUAAUGGAGCUGGAUAUGGGCCACCUAGCAGUGAAGUGAGUGCAACCACCAAGAAAUCUCCCCCUAGUCAAGCACCAAGCAACCUCAGAUGGGAGCAACAAGGCUCUCAGGUUUCUCUGAGCUGGGAACCUGUCAGACCAUUAGCCAAUGAAUCUGAAGUCAUGGGUUACAAGGUUUUUUAUAGGCAAGAGGGUCACAGCAACAGUGAAGUCAUUGAAACACAGAAACUUCAAGCAGUAGUACCACUCCCUGACCCAGGAGUCUACAUUAUUCAAGUCCAAGCUUAUAGUGAAGGAGGGGAUGGAACGGCUAGUUCCCAAAUCAGGGUACCAUCAUAUUCAGGUGGAAAAAUCACAAGUGCCCAGUCGACCCUCCACACUUUAUCUACAUCCUCAUCAUCAAUAACGUUGCUCUUGGCGUUGAUGAUCCCUUCAACUUCUUGGUGA